UUUCAGUUCAGAGAAUCAGAAACUGAACUCUCAUCGAUCUGUGGAGUGUUUGGUGUUUCUAUCUGUGUGUGUUCAUACGGUGAAAUGGCAGAAGCGAGUAUUUCAGAGGAUCACUUCAUGUGUUCAGUGUGUCUGGAUCUACUGAAGGAUCCAGUGACUGUUCCCUGUGGACACACUUACUGUAUGAGAUGUAUCACAGACUGCUGGAAUCAAGAAGAUCAGACGAGAAUCUACAGCUGCCCUCAGUGCAAAAAGAACGUGUUUUAGCUAAAAACAUCAUACUGACUGAAGUUACGGAGAAACUGAAGAAGACUAAAGUCAAAUGUGCUGUUUCUGAUCAGUGUUCCUCUGGAGCUGGAGAUGUGGAGUGUGACGUCUGUACUGGAAGAAAACACAAAGCCAUCAAAUCCUGUCUGCUGUGUCUCAACUCUUACUGUCAAACUCAUCUUGAGCAACACGAGAAUCUCUUCAGAGGUCAAAGACACAACCUGAUAGACGCCACUGCACCACUUCAUGACAUGAUCUGCCCUCAACAUGACAAGAUUCUGGAGAUUUACUGUCGCACGGAUCAGAAGCUUAUAUGUACUCUGUGUAUAGAUGAACACAGAACACAUGACACUAUAUCAACAGCUGCAGCAUGGAUGGAGAAACAGAGUCAGUUUGGAGAAACAAAGAAUAAAGUUCAGCAGCAGAUCCAGAAGAAACAGAAAGACCUUCAGAAGAUCAAAGAUGUUGUGGAGUCUCACAAGCGGUGUGCACAGACAGCAGUGGAGGACUGUGAGAUGAUGUUUACUGAACUGAUCUCAUCCAUUGAGAGAAGACGCUCUGAGGUGACACAGCUGAUCAGAGAUCAGGAGACGGCUGCAGUGAGUUCAGCUGAAGGACUCUUGGAGCGACUGAAGCAGGAGAUUGAUGAUCUGAGGAGGAGAGACGCUGAGCUGGAGAAGCUUUUACACACACAACAUCACAUCCAUUUGCUGCAGAGUUUUCAGUCUCUCUCUGCACCUCCUGAAUCUCCAGACGACAUCAGUGGGACUUUCCUCUUUUCUUUUGAUGCUGUGAGAGAAUCUGUCCGUCAGCUGAGAGACAAACUGCAGGAUUUCUGCACACAGCACAUGAGAAAGAUCUCCGACACACACAUCAACACUGUCCCCAGGAUAAGAGACGACUUCCUUCAAUAAUGACUAGAAGACCUUCUGGGGUGGUGGGCAACGCCUGUUCACCCAUCAGCAGGAAUAUGUAACAGUGUUCCUCUGGAGCUGGAGAUGUGGAGUGUGACGUCUGUACUGGAAGAAAACACAAAGCCAUCAAAUCCUGUCUGCUGUGUCUCAACUCUUACUGUCAAACUCAUCUUGAGCAACACGAGAAUCUCUUCAGAGGUC